UAUAAAUAUCAACAUACCCGUGUUAUGUAUGUUUCCAAAUAAAAUUGGACAAGAAUAUGGAAUUAAAUGAUUUUAGUGAAAGUGAUUCCGAAAGUGAAAACUGUAUUCAAUGGGUAGAAGAAAGUGAUUCACCAGUUAGUGACUUUGAUGAAAAUUCAUGCGAUACAGACGAUACAUCAAUACUUAUUUCCACACCGGAAAAUAUUGUGUCUACUAUUUGUGGAUAUGAAAAAGAAACAAAAAGUGAUGAUUUUAAUCCAAAACGAAAGAAAUUGAAACUAAAUGAACGAUUAUCGUUACAAGAUGAUUUAAAUACAGAAAUUAUUCAUGAAAACUGGACGAAAGCUUGCUCCUAUUUUUCAGAUAAUGUUACAUUAAUUUCGGAUCCAUUUCAAUUAUGUGUUAUUAAAAAUUUUAUCGAUAAUCCAACAAUUCUAAAUGCUAUUCGACAUGAAAUUAAUUCCGUCAAAUGGAAUAGACGACGUUUGGAUUUAUAUGAAUUUUUACAAACUGAUGAUUUGGUUAAUAUUAAAAUGAAAUAUAUUCAUCAGCUUUAUGAAUUUUUAAAAAAUGAAGUUAGGUCUUGGAUUUCAAAGGCUACAGGUCUCCCAUUAACCAAAAUAUCGGCAUCGUGUUCAGCUUAUACGUUUGGCGAUUAUUUAUUAGUUCAUGACGAUUUACAAGGUGAUCGUUGUGUAGCCUUUAUUUUAUAUCUAACCGGAUUAGAUGAGAAUAACGACGAAAUAUGGAAACCAGAAUUUGGUGGAGCUUUACAAUUAUUUGGCAAAGAUGAAUUUUUACAACCGAAUAUCGAUUCAAUGAAAAAUAUUUUCCCACAACAUAAUCAAUUUGUUUUCUUUCAAGUGAAAAAAGAUUCAUAUCACCAGGUUCAGGAAGUAUUUUCCAUGAAUCAUUCCCGUAUCAGUAUAAAUGGUUGGUUUCAUUCCGAUCAAAUACCAUUAGAGGAACCACCUAACUUAGAACCCGAAACAAAUGGAUUAUUCGGUUCGAAUUGUAUUCAUCCGAAAAACGAACAAAUUUCCCUUGAAAAAUGGAUUAAUCCGUUAUUUUUAAAAGAGACAACAUGUAAAAAUAUUCAAGAACAUAUCGAAAAGUUCUCAGAAAUUAGUUUAGAACAAUUUUUCAAUGAAAGUUGUUUAGAAAAUUUACUAAAUUUGAAUUCGAAUACAAUUUCAUGGAAAUGGAUUGGACCACCGAAUCGACGACGUUAUGAAAUUGCUGAUGAAUCAACGUUACCGGAUAAUUUGAGGGAGUUUUUAGAUGUGUUUAAAUCGAUUAGUAUGUUUGAAUUGUUAAAAAAAUAUACGGAAUUAGAUUUGGUUCCCGAAGGUGAUAUGAAGCCAUCAAUGCGAUUUGAAUUACAACGAUUUUCUCCUGGAUGCUAUUCUUUAAUGUCAGAGAAAUCUUGGUUUAAUGACUGUGAGCUGGAUGUGAUUUUAUAUAUUGAAUGUAUCGAUGAAAAUAACGGUCAAAUAAUGUAUGUAGCACGUGAAGAAAAUGAACAAGAAGCUUUAAUUACGUUGGUUCCAAAAUCAAAUACGUUAAAUAUUGUUUAUCGUGAUGAAGGUACCGCUAGAAUAAUGCCUUAUUUACCACAUCGAACUAGGAAUAAACAAUUUUAUGUAUUA